CGUAAUCCAUUCCAACCGCAGCAUAGCGACCGAGCUUGACUACGGGGGAGAACCGCACACAGCCACUUAAAGGAAAAGACAACAUUUGGAAACAAAUGAGAAAGAAACGCGCUACUUUUAAAAGAAAUUGCCGAAAUGAUGUGGAAGUGACGCGAAUGCUCCGACAAAACGAGAAGAUAAGGAAUACGUGCGUGUGGAGUAACUGUUUGCGUUGCCUAUAUAACGAGCUUUUGGGCUAACAAGCUAGCACAGUUGUCGCUAAAACAUGGUGGGCAGACACUGAGCGAAAAAACCCUCUAGACGCGCUCAAAUACUUGUGGAUAAUGCUGGAGAAUUAAUCCGUUUGCUGUCUUCGCUGCUCGGAGGGAAUUUUGUGGACUUUGAAAUUUCUUUUUGGUUUACUUUUCUUGGAGGAAAACUCUCGCACGACCUUUGAAAGUUUCGCGUUCUGACGUUUCGCGCAAGUUAACCAUCCAUCAGGCUCCGCCAGAAAAGAUGAUUGAUUGAUGUAUUGCGUACUUCACCGAGAAUGCACAAGAAACGAAGAGUUUCUCACCAUAAGCGCAACUCUUGCGGCAAAGUUACCCGAUUUAGAGCAUCACACCCUCAUCCAUUCAUUUAACAGCAUUCGCUCUUGAAAACGAUGCCCAAUAUAUAGGCUGCAGGAACUGAAUUGGAAUAUUGGAAACCGUUUAAUGGAUUAUAUGGAAUAUAUCUAUGUGGCUAAUUAAUGGCACUUUUCUUAUGCGUUAGCUUUACAUUUGGACUAGUCCAAGAAAAGCAACACAUGUUUUGCUCUCAAAUCAAUUUAGAAGACUUACAGAGAAAAUUACAUGGAGACUAGUUGGUCAUGCCAAGGAAGGAGUUACCAUUGCCAGAGGGUUGGGAAGAGGCCCGAGAUUUUGACGGAAAGGUCUAUUAUAUAGACCAUAUUAACCAAACCACCAGUUGGAUUGACCCAAGGGAUAGGCAGACUAAGCCUCUGACUUUUGCCGACUGUAUUGGAGAUGAGCUGCCUGUGGGAUGGGAGGAGGCCUACGACCCCCACAUUGGAGCCUAUUAUGUCGACCACAAUACCAAGAGCACCCAGUUGGAGGAUCCACGGGCCCAGUGGCAGCGGGAGCAGGAGCUCAUGUUGCGGGACUAUCUGAAUGUGGUUCAGGAAGCGUUGAGUGCCCAAAAGGAGAUCUACCAGGUCAAAGAACAGCGACUUCACCUAGCCCAGCAGGAAUAUCGGCAGCUAAAUGAUGCUUGGCGGGACAAGUCGUCCUCACAGACUAGCUUAAAUUCCAGAUCCUCAUCAAGCAGUAAAUAUGACCCUGAAAUCCUCAAAGCGGAGAUUGUUACAGCAAAAAGCCGGGUAAAUAAGCUGAAGAGAGAUUUGGCCUGUAUGAGGCAAGAACUCCUUUAUAAGGAACAAGGCUUUGAGACAUUGAAAGAAAUCGAUCACAAAGUGUCCAGUGCUUCACAUGGCUACAAACUCCAUGAAGCUCAGGCCAUCCUGAAGGAGGUAAAGAUCAUUAAAGAUGCCAUCAGCUCUGGAGAGAAGGAGAAACAGGAACUCAUGCAGAAACUGGCUGUGCUGAAGGAUGGUUUCCAGUUAGAUUAUGGCUCUCAAUCUGACCUGUGGGCCAGCAAUCCGUCCUUGGCCAACUCAAACCUCUCUCUGCCCCGCCUCUACUCAGACGCCGAGUCUCAAACAGACGUACCUGCUGAGUUUGUAUCAAACUCAAAUAAACUGGCUGAGAAGGUACGGCUGAGCCUGAAAUAUGAGGAGGCAAAAAGAAGGAUUGCAAAUAUUGAAGUCCAGAUUGCCAAGCUGGAUAGUGAGGCAUGGCCAGGCCUUCUGGACCCGGAGAGAGAUCGCCUGAUCCUCAUCAACGAGAAAGAAGAGUUGCUAAAGGAACUGCAGUACGUAAUGCCAUGCAAGCGGGCACCCAGCGAGGCAGAGAAGAUAGAAUCUGAAAAGAAGCGUCUCGAGAAGGACUUGCAAGCUGCACGAGACAACCAGAGCAAAGCGCUGACUGAGAGGUUAAAGCUGCACUAUAGAAGAAACAAACUAGUGAAGGAGCUAGAAGAGACGGUGAGGUUGGCAUCUUCCCUGCAUACCCAGCUGAAAAGUCUGUCAGCCAGCACGCUGUCAUGUUCCUCAGGCAGCAGCCGUGGAUCGUUGACUUCCAGCCGAGGAUCCCUGGCCACCUCCAGUUUGGGCUCCACUUCCUCUCUCAGCUUCACAGACAUCUACCUGGAGCAGCCCGAACUGGGCGACCCUGACUUCCAGAACAAACUAGACUCUAUUUUGCAGGAGGGAAGCACCUCUGGCUACAGGCCUUCUAGCUCCAUCACCACCAUCCAUGAAAACGAGGUCUCGUCCUCCUCCAGGCAAGUUGGCAGUGGGCCAGGUGUGGGCCAGAGAACCCAAGUACUGCGGCUGUCAGAGACACCUCACUCCAUGAGCUCCCUGUCCCCACGUUCCUCGCUGUCUUCCCUCUCUCCUCCUUGCUCACCCCUUGUUACCGAUGCUUCCUUCUUGUCGGGAGAGGCCUUCUCUGGUCCGGCCUCACAGUUGGAUUUAGAUCUGCAAACCAGACUGAUGGAACUACGGUUAGAAGAGGACCACCAACAGGGUGCAGUAGAGUCUUUGAAAGAUGCUGUUUCUCAAACAAGGAUGUCUGGGCCGGGAGCAAAGAAAGCAGGUGUAACGUCAGCAGUGUCUGACGAAUCAGUAGCAGGCGAUAGCGGGGUAUAUGAGCCCUCUGAGAAAAGGUCGGGGCUUCCUGUUGAGCAACCGCUAGGUUAUGAUGAUGGGAGCUCAGCAAGCAGUGCUCAGAUCAAACUUGGCCUGAAGUAUGAAGCGAAAGACAAGAGGUUCACAGUGUUCGUAAUGCAGCUCUCCAACUACAGUGCACUCUCCCUGCCAGCCAAUCAAAACAUAUAUAUCCGUGUGGUAGUACUGCCGUGCUCAGAGCCCAUUCGCUGCCUGUUCCGCACCCACGGGGCUCUGCCGCAGGAACCUUUGGAGUUUAAGGAAGCGUUUAGCCUGCAGAUGUCCUCCUCUGCUCUCAGACAGAAGACUCUACGCAUUGAUGUCUGUAGCACCAGCAAAGCUGGUCGAGAGGACUGUUUAGCUGGUGCUCAGAUCAGUUUGGCUGAUGAAGAGUAUUCAGAGGAGUGGUGCACCAAGUGGUACAACCUCCUCAACUGCACAUACAUGCCAGAAAUGGAUGGAAAGCACAAGGAAAGAGAGGUUCCCAGCACCUCAGAGGGCACUGUUGCAUGCCUGGAGAACGCUCCUCUUGAGGACUGCCCUGCAGAGGCUUUGGAGGGUGACGUGUUUGUGGAUGAAGAAGGUAGUGAUGGCGAGGAGGAUGAGGAGUUCUACCCUGAUGACUGCCAGUGGGAACAGGAGGAAGAGCCAGUUAAACCUGGACCAACAGCAGUCAUAAUGGAGAAGGUGAAUAAACAGACAAAUGUGGAUGGACUCCCACAUUCUGCUUCGGUUGUUCGGCCCAAGGAGCGGCGACAUGAUGUCCAGCAAAACCCUUUUAUGCGAGGAAACACCAUCAUCCGCUCCAAGACAUUUUCCCCUGGACCUCAGAGCCAGUAUAUCUGCAGGAUCAACCGUAGCGACAGUGACAGCUCCACUUUGUCUAAGAAAUCUCCCUUUGUCCGGAAUGCUUCAGAGAGACGCAGUGUUCGCAUGAAGAAGCCACAGAUUCAGGUCAAAGGUCUGGACGGGCUCCUGCGCACCUCUCUGGAUCUGGAGCUGGAUUUGCAGGUCACUCGCACACGACACAGCCGACUGAAUGAGGAGCUGCGUGUGCUGCGGGAACUAAAGGAGCAGUUGGAGACAGCUCGGCAACAGGGCCAACAUGUCCUUCCCACAUGGGUGCAGGAAGAUGAGCGCUUUCGUCUGCUGCUUAAACAUACAGAGAAACAGACCCAUGAAGAGCAGCUACAGGAGCAGAGGGUAGAGAAGAUGAUGCGAGCGGCAGCCAAGGAUGUGCACAAGAUUCGUGGGCAGAGCCUCAAGGAGGUUCCUGGGGUCCAGUCCUUUAGAGAGAAGAUGGCCUUCUUCACCAGGGCAAAGAUAAACAUUCCCGACCUACCGGCUGACGACGUAUAGAAGAUAUCAAUCUUAAAUGCUAUUUCCGUGGAGACAAAACUGACAUCUGGCGGUAUUAUGAAGAAUGGUGUGACAGAAAAAAAUUAUGUUGGGCAGGAAAAAUGUACUUUUAAAACACUGGGUUUUAACUCUGAAAUUGAAAACUGAAAUUGUAUAGAUCCUUGUUUUUUUUUUUUUUUUUUUUUUUUUUUUUAAGAUAGAUUUAUUUUUUAAUUUCACCAUGUUCUGUUACUAAUAAGAGUAUGUCCGUAUCUGUACUAGGUAUUUUACUGGUCAUUUAAAAACACCAGUUCGUCUUUGAAACGAGUGUGAAACAUGCUGCUCUGCUAAUUGGGCAGAACUGCUUACUGUAACUCUUGAAGAUGUGAAUACAGAUACUUAGGGUACUACUUCUGUUCAUAGCACAAGGGUUCAGGACAAAAUGAAUGGGCAUAAAUCCUGCUAUUACAGUCACGUCCCUCUAAAACAAGCACAUUUGUCCACAUUUAUGUUCAACAGUUGUUAUUUUAGAUUUUUUUGCAAAUGUGUAAACGGUUACAGAUGUUAGCAAGCAUGAAUCUAAAGCAUGAGUUAAUUAGACCAAUUAGUAGACUAAAUUAAUUGCUAACAAUUCUCCAUGUUCGUUUUGUUAAUUGCACAUGCAAACAAGACACAUGUUAGUGCAAAUGUUCGUAAAUAUGAUGUAGAAACUGCACUUAGUUCCACAAACUCUCAGGUAGAAUAUCAGAUAGUUCAUGCACUUUAAUAGAUAAAAGGCAUCAAUAUAGAGAAUUAAGCAAAAAAGCACAUUGUGAACGCUAAGAUCGUACUAUCCCGUAUACUAGCUCUUGUUGCAUUUUUGGAAAACGUUAAGCGUCUUUUUAGGUUAUAUUAACUUCCCAUUCUAGUUCCUACAGUGGCAUGUUCUAAUAGUAUUUAAUUUCAAGUGGUUUGGAUCUCUUGUAAUCUAAAAACACCGCUCACAACUGUCUACAGGUUUACUCUAGACUACAAACUUGGCUUUGUAUGAAAUUAAUAAGAUGAACACAUACUGUAGCAUAAUUUAAUUUACAUCAGAGCCAGUAUCUUAAAGCUUAUUUUAAUUGCUACCUACCAGUACUAAAAAAGUCUUGGUGUGUUGAAUCUCAAAUAAUCUUAUCAUAUUUCACUCCAUAAACAGGAGAAAAAUAAGAAAUUAUAUUUUGCAUAAGAUUUGCAAAAAAUUUAUAAAAUGAAUUGAAGUGUAAUUAUUUAAAUGAAAUACAAGCACAUUUUUCUCUAAAUUCUUAAUACUGUAAUGUGAAGGAAAAACUGCAUUAUUGUAAUGAGAAUAUUUUUGUUCAUUCUCUUUACCAUUUUUUUUAUGAUGGAAAAUUAAGUACUGCUAUAAUGUAGCAAAGUUGUUCUUUGUUGUUUUAUACAAUAAUGAGACUACUAUAUGCUAAUAAUCCAAUCAAAUCAAGAUCCAAAAUCCAUAAUGGCCAUAAAAAAAUAUUUUUAAAAAAUAUAUUAGUCUUUUGAAUUUGGAGAAAAAAAUAUGACCUGGAUAAUUUUUGUGAGAUUGAACCGUUUAGGAAGAACAGUAUUGAAAUUUGGAACCGUAUAAUUGCUGUGGCAAGAAAACGUCAACACAUCUAAGGCACCGAAAGCUGUAAGGCAUGCAGUUUAUAAUUCCCAGCUCUCCCUGUAAACACUUAAUAAUGAAUCGCACGCCACUGCAGAGAUCGGUUUGCAGACUCCUCAUACGGAGGGAGUCACUGGUGAUUUGCAUUAUGUAAAUGAGCGCUCCCAAUAUACUAAUCUAAUAUUGAUUUUCACUAAACUCUUUAUCUACAUGCAAAAUGUUCAGUUAAAGUACAUUUUUUGUAAGUAUCUUAAAAAUAGAUGACUAUGAAUGUUACUACCAUGUCAUUAAAACCCCUUUUGAACAAUAGCUUUGCAUCACAGGCCAAGAUUUUAGUCUGAAUGUAGCACUUUAAAAAAAAAAAAAAAAAAAAAAAGCCCCCUUUAUUUGAUACUGAUUAUGUCGGUCUAAUUUAUCCAGUUAUGAACGGUAUUACCCGCCCAAUUUAAUGAAUUUUGCUCACGUUUAAACGUUACAUGAAAUCUCUUGCUAAACUACACCUUGUUAGGCUAUGGUGUAAUUCAUCUUUGUUUUGCAUUCACUCAGUUCCCCUGCUGGUAUGUCUUCCCAUGUACACUUAUGUUCUUAUUGAGAUCCUUCUGUGCUUCAGUAUGUUUUUUUUUUCUUCCUCAAGGAAAUAUUGAAUGUACUGUCCUUGGUUCAACCUCAGAUCAACUAAUACGCCAUAGGAAUUUUAGUAGCAAUAUUUCUACUCUCACUGUAUUGCAUAAAUGUACCUGUAUGUACUAAGCGGGCGAUGAUAUGCUCCAAAAUGACACAACAAUGUUUGAAACUAGUGUGAAGUCUGGUACGGAUGGUCCAGAAGACCUCCUUCAUCUGCAAUGCACAUAUGCAUAUGGCCUAGUCUCUUACUCCACCUAGUGGCAUACAGAAAGUGAAUUGAACUUGUAGUAGCACUCCUUGUUAUGAAACCCUAAUUUGUCCUCCAUUGUGAUUUUGCCUAAAAUUGGUUUAGGGGAUGGAGGUUGCACAUUUAUUUUAAUGGCAUCACAUUUUAUAAACUACAUGAUCUAAGACCCAACCGAAAUGCUGUCCCAAAGCUUUUAGCCAAAUAUUUAAUUCAACUAGAAGCAUCAUAUAGCUUUCACUUUAAAGCCAUUGUACUCCGUUGUUUAACUUUAGUUUAUGAGAGUACAAACAUUUCUUUGACUUUUGUUUCUCCUCUUUAAUGUAUUAUUUCCUCAGAUUAGACCCGGUUAAGACAGUACACUGCCAAACAUAGAGUACAUCCCAGCUUAGUUUAAGAUGCUGCGUGAUGCACAUUUUUCUCACAUUGGCAUUUUUAAUCAAGGUACUUUUUUACUAUUAUUUUUACCUGAGCUUUUCAGAUUUACAGUUUUUACGAAUUUACAGUUAUUUGAAUGUGAAAAACAAUAGGUCCCCUUUAAAUUUGUACUGUUUACCUGGAAACGCUACAGUUUCUCAUUUUGAGAGUACUCGAACAAUAGACAAUGUCUUAUGUUUUCAUUGGUCGCACAGUAUCUACCAUUCACAGUAUGUUUUGGAGAGAGUUGUCUUGAUUGAUUAUGUGCUCUUCAACUAUCAAUUCUGAGGUUCGUAAGGACAUAAUAUUUGGCUUUUUUUUUGGUUUUUAUUUGGACCCUUGGUCCAAUCAUGCAUAAAUCAUGUAAUACUUGCUCAAAAAUAAUCACAAGGAUACAAAAUAUGCUGUCAGUAUAUGAUGCUGGUAGUCAUGAAUGAUUCAUUUGUUUGUUGUUCAAAGUAGGAUUUUUUUUUUUAGAAAACUCCAGUGCAUUUAAUUUUUUUUUUAAAUCUUGUAUUAAUGAUGGAAAACAAACCUGAUCUGAUCACAGAAAUGGUUUGAGAAGUACAGCUUGUAUUUAUUGCACUUUUUGUGAUUUGGGUGUGCUGUCUUUCUUUUUCUUGUGAGACUUCUGAAAGCUGUGAAUUUUAUCAUCGACACUGUCUGUCAACCAGAAUUGUAAAUAUAUCACCAGCACAAUAGUAUGUUUUGUAGUUUCACAACAAAUAUAAAAAAAAUUCUUUCUUCUAAUCUG